AACAUAAACCUAAGUUUCAACAUCAUGGGCGAAAAAAUAGGACAAAAAUGAACGAUCUGUCUGCUGACGAAUGGACUCGAGCACAACAGGAAUUAGAUCAACAAUUAAAAAAAAUGGGUUUAUAUUGUAAAGAAAUUGACGGGGAUGGAAAUUGUUUGUUCAGGUCUUUAUCAGAUCAAUUUUAUGGAAAUACAAAGCAACAUUCAAAGAUUCGUAAAGAAGUAUGCGAUUAUUUAGAAAGGAAUCGCGAUCAUUUCCAAUACUUCGUAGAGGAUGAUAAAACUUUUGAUUACCAUUUGUCGCAGAUGAGAAAAGUUGGUACGUAUGGCGGAAACAUGGAAUUGGUAGCAUUUGCACAACUUCACGAGGUUGAUAUAAAAGUAUAUCAACCUGGAACAAUCUAUGUUAUUGAGGGAAAGGAAAAUGAUAACACGAAAGAUGAUAGAUCUACAAACGAAAUUAGGACGAGGAGAACCUUACAUAUCAUGUAAGUAAUUACAGUAAUUACUGUAUUUUAUAGGUUAAAGAAAU